AUGGACACGAGCGUGUCUCGUCAGCUGCAUUUCACUUUCCAGUUGGACACAAACGAGGUAUGGAGUCUCAUAGAUACUGACAAUGAGGCACGCACGCUUGUCACUAUACCACACGAUCUAAGCAAGGGCUACCAAAUACUGUAUGAGCUUAUUGCGACCUAUAUUUUUGGCCGUCUAGCUCGUUGUCCUCACCAAUCCGGCUCGGUGACUCUCAGAAAGCUGGGGAGCGCGUCGUUGUCGAUGAACUCCAUGUCCGACAUCAUGGAACAAGGAAUGUGUUUGAUUUGCGCGUUUUGCUGUUACACGUUCUCGAAAAUCGUAGCAACAGCGCGUAAAGCUGCCACAAUGUUGAGAGAUUCCAUAGGCAUGUCAUGUUGGAGUGUUGUUAUUACUUUUGCAGCAUUCAUUCAAACUGACACUGAGCUUCGAUAUCUUGUGGAUGGCAUCUCUGUGCAUAUGCGUAGCGGGGCCUUCCCUGAGGAAUCCGUUUCAUUUGGGUAUGAUUUGGAGGAAGAAUCCUAUCAAAUAUUUCCCUCUCCUGUGAAGUUUCAUCCGCCUUCUGUGGAUUUCGGCAAAGUCGCCCUUGGAGUCCCGAAAAUUCAACGCAUCAUUUUGGAAAAUCUCAGUGAAGAUACAAAUAUCCAGAUGUUGUCGAUAUCUUCGAAUACCGUUCAUUUCCAUUGCUCCUUUUUUGAGGAUAAGUUCGUAACAGCGCAUGGUAACACAAGCUUCGAUGUGGUCUUCUUGGGGAGGUCCGAGGGUUUGGUAGAGAAUUCGCUUUUCGUCCACACUUCCGUGGGAUCUUUCAAGUAUCAGAUCAAGGCCAUGAGUGUUCCAAAUCCAUAUGGCCUGAAGCCUCUUGUUGGUGUUCGCAUGCCGUUGAACUCCAGCUACUCUCCGACAAUUGAAUUACACAAUCCGUACAAUGAAACUUUGCAGAUAACGGAGAUGUACUCAAGUGGCGGAGAUCUGCACUUGGAGUUGCCAACGGGUUUAACGGAGGGUCCCCAAGCAGUUUGGGAAAUUCCGCCGCACGAGACAAAGCGUGUGAUGAAGGCCAACUUUGUUGCGCGCGUGGAGAACAAUCACACGGCUUACAUCCGAAUCAAAAUGAAUUCCUCAGAGAAACUUGAUCUCAUAGUGCCCGUAGAAGUAGAAGUGAGUUCGCAACCCGGAUUAUACAGCCCGCAAGAGGUUCUUGACUUUGGCACCCUGAGAGCUGAUCAGGACGUUGUCACGCAACAACUGUACUUGCUUGUCUCUUCACACAAGCCGAUUUCCAUCCAGAAUGUUUUGGUUACGCCAGUAAACGAGGCUGUGAACAUCACGUUUGAGCCAAAGCGGGUGUCUCCAGAUACUUUGCAAGGGACUGUUGUUGCUGAAGUCAUGUUUGAUCCGUCUAAGGUGUCAACGGAUAAGCAGUUGUCGGGUAAGAUCGUGGUGAAGUCAAAAAACAACCAGUUUAAAGUGACUGUGCCGUACCGAGCAAAGCUGCUACCAGGAAAAUUGCGAUUCAACUCCAACGCCUUGUAUUUCCUUGCCGAUGGCGGCAGAAGCAACAACACAAAUCAUACUCGGACAUUUGAAGUUACUAAUGAGUUCAACGUCCCGCUAUUGAUAAGAAACAUCACUGCAGAUCUGAACUUGCUUUUUCAUUUUGAGGUGGAAAGUUUUUUGCCGCUGGUGUUGGCGCCGAACGAAACCGGCGCCAUUUUCAAGUUGUCCAUGAGAAACCGCACCGCUGACUUGCAACUUUCAGGACAUUUGUUUCUGAAAACGAAUGCUUCAGAAUUCCGUUUCGAAGUUCUUUGUUACAACGGCCAGCUUGUCCCGUGCGGCAUUGAUUCUACUUUGCCACCUCUGAUUCGUACGUCGCGUGACGACAACUUUCAGAUGGUCGACAUCACGUUUUUCCCUGAAUGUUUUCGAGUGACCCUUGAAGCCUGCUGCAGAGUUUAG